AGUGUAUUGCGUAACAGAUUUGUUGAAUACUCACAUGCAUAUGUAUGUAUAUAUGCAGUAAGAGAAUAAAAGUCAUCAAAAAUCCGUCAUUUGCCAUUAUAUUGGAAUCGUUUCCGCUGAACUCAAGUUAGCUGAUAUGUUUACUGCUGAUGUACUGAAGUGAUUUCAAAAACAUUCGGUUGUUUUUUUUUAACGUUACUAGCCUAGUCUAACUAAUGGAAAAGCAAGGGUUCAGCUUCCGACGAUUAUGGGCUUUCACAGGUCCAGGUUUUUUGAUGAGUAUUGCAUAUCUAGAUCCUGGAAAUAUCGAAUCGGAUUUACAGAGUGGAGCAGUCGCCAACUACAGAACUAUUUAUUUAACACAGUUUUGUCAUUCAUUGUGGAUUGAAAUUUAGUGCAUUUUCUGUACAAUACCUUUUGGGUGUGAAUCCCAUAUUGCGCCAAUACUGUUCUACUUUGGAAGGAUAUUGUGUCUAGUGUAUUCCUUUUCACAAGUCGCAUGAUCUGAGGUCGCUGUUUCUGUUUCAGCCUAGGUGACCGGGUCGUAUCCUGAGCCCUGGAGCAUGGGAUUACUCGGAUGUAGUUGGACUGCCCUGUAAACAAUGCUGAGGUUUGGCGUAUACUACUGUACAGGAAAGCUUUUAUGGCUCUUGCUUCUGGCCACGUUGAUGGGGUUGUUUCUUCAGCGUUUAGCUGCUCGUUUGGGUGUAGUUUCUGGUAGACAUUUAGCAGAAGUGUGUUAUGAUGAAUAUCCUGCACCUGCACGUAUUAUACUGUGGUUAAUGAUUGAAAUCGCAAUUAUUGGAUCUGAUAUGCAAGAGGUAAUUGGCACUGCUAUAGCCAUCAAUUUAUUAAGUGCCGGUUAUGUACCAUUAUGGGCUGGUGUACUUAUCACUAUUUUGGAUACAUUCACUUUUCUUUUUCUGGAUAAAUAUGGUCUACGUAAAUUGGAGUUAUUCUUUGGUUUUUUGAUAACUGUUAUGGCUGUUACAUUCGGCUAUGAGUAUGUUGUUGUGAAACCUGAUCAAAGAAAACUUCUACGUGGAAUGUUUGUGCCUUCUUGUCCUGGUUGUGGUUGGCCUGAGCUAGAACAGGCUGUUGGCAUACUCGGUGCUGUUGUAAUGCCGCAUAAUUUUUACCUUCAUUCGGCUCUUGUUAAAUCACGCAAUGUUGAUAGAACUAAUACAUUGGCGGUACGUGAAGCAAAUAUGUAUUUCUUUAUUGAGUCAGCUUUGGCACUGGUGGUUUCACUUAUGAUAAAUGUAUUCGUUGUUGGAGUAUUCGGUGCUGGAUUCUAUGGGAAAAAUACUACACAAGUGUUUGAAAAUUGUACACUUCAAGGACAUAUUCCAGUUCGUUUCACAGAUGCUGCUUCUACUUUUGAACCGGAUAGCGUGGAUCUGUACACAGGAGGAAUAUUUUUAGGCUGUGAAUUUGGUCUUGCUUGUCUGUAUAUCUGGGCUAUUGGAAUAUUGGCAGCUGGACAGUCAUCUACAAUGACUGGUACAUAUUCAGGACAGUUCGCUAUGGAAGGCUUUCUAAACUUGAAAUGGAAGCGUUGGCAAAGAGUUCUGUUAACACGUUCUAUAGCCAUAUUACCAACUAUUCUGACAACGAUAUUUAAAGGCAUUGGAGAUUUAACGGGUAUGAAUGAUUUGUUAAAUGUGUUAAUGAGUGUCCAACUUCCAUUCGCUGUCAUUCCAUUACUGACAUUCACAAGUAGCAGAGGAGUUAUGGAGGAUUUUAGCAAUUCCAUUCCGGUGAUGAUCGUUGCUAAUUUGAUAUCAAUAGGAGUUGUUUCAAUUAACUUAUUCUUGGGUGGUGUUGUCAUCAAAGCCCGUUUACCGCCCCAUUGGGGAGUAUACUUAGGCAUGGGAAUACUGUUCACCUUCUACUUGGGAUUUAUAUUUUAUUUGAUUUGGUUUGGAAUCCGUCAUGUAUGGCUUUCAAGAAAGACUCCUGUAACUGUCGCUGCAUUGGGUUCAAACUAUAAUUUGGAUAUGGAUGGGUCGAUUUCCAGUAGUUCUUCGGGGAAUUUCAAAAAGAAUAUUCAUAAAAAGGCUAUUCAAUCAUAGAUGAUGAUCCCUUUUAAAACAACAACUAGACUUAAAUGUGUAAAUCAAGGUGUAGGAAGUGAAUAACACAAAGAGAAGGUAGCAAAAAAGAAAAUUAUAAGGAGGCGGGAGCGGAAAAGUGUGUGUGUCAGAUGAUUAAGCGCAAUUCAGUCUUUCCUUUUGUGCCUUAUGUAUUUUGUUAUCCCUAUUACCAUUCUCAUCAUUAUAACAUAAAGUGUGUUUACUACUUGUUUCUUUCUACUGUCGCACACAUUCUAUUUGUUAAUUAUUACUUCAAGAGAUUAUCUAGGUGACAAAUAAAAAACUUCAACGCCUUUACCAAAUAUUUCAGAAAUUUCAGGACAUAUUUUAUUCUUUUUCAACUGACUUAUUCAUUUGCUCUGUUCUUAUGACACUAUUUUGUUUAGUGUUUCUUGUUCUAUUGUUCUUAAUUGUAUGGGCAUAUCACUAGGUAUUUCUGAAUAGCUGUUUCACCAUAGUAUGUGACUGCUUUGCAGUGGAAAGUCAUGACCCCUCCACGGAUCGAACCCAAGACCUUCAGGUUCCGCGGUCAGCACGUUAUCAUCAAGCCAUUAGGUAUUCAUUUAUUUUCUCCGAUAGGUUGUCUGAUGUCAUGAGUAUUCUUGUUACUGAUAGUAUACUCAGGUAGAUAAGCGAUUGUUUGUCUCGAUAUUAUUUAUAAUUCAGUACUAAUCUUUGUUGUUGAAGGAUAGUCCGAAUAACUUGGGAUUGUAUUCAUGGAAGUAAGUCUUAGGUUGGUUGACAGGUCAGUGCUAAGAUUGGUAGUCACACUAAGAUAUGCUAAGAAACAGUGAAGUUGCUUACUGUGUUGAUCUCAAUUUUGUACUCGAACUAGCAGCUUUCUGGUUGAAUAAAAUCUGUGCAGUGGCUAAAAUUGAUGAUCAGAGAAGAGACUUUAUGGAUCAGAACUGAUCACAUUAUCUUUCUCUUAACCCUUGGAACUCUUAUUGUCGUUUGUUUUUUACUUGGCUAAUCCCCAUUUUCCCACAGGACACUUUCAUAACCUCUAUUAUGAUUAUUAGUCACUUCUCCUCUUAUGGAAUUAGCUAUCAUCGCAUUAGACAUUUGAUAUUCCACCAGCUAGUCACGACUUUGAGACCUGUUAAACUUACAGAAAAUUGGACAGUCAGAUAUUAAAAGUCCUCUUGCAAUACGUGUAUUUACUUUUUUAAAUAUAUUUACUGUAAUCCAACAACCAAAUGCAGGUUUUUUUUACCAUGCAGUUAACCACAUUUGUUGCACAAGAGUUAGUGACACUGUCUGUCUGCUUAAGCCUCAAUAAGUCUAGGAUGAUUCGAACCUGCAAUCCAUUUGUUGAAAAUUGCGCACCUAAAUCAGUGAGUCACAGCUACUGGUUUGGUGGUAGCAUCUGCAACUGCAGCACUGGUCAGCAUAGGAUCAGAUCUAUGAGGUGGAAAUCAUUUUCCCCAUGAGCGUGGACUACUAGUAGGCACGUAACAUAUGUCGGGUAGGGCUUCACACUGAUAAUUUCCAUCUGCACAGAAUCUUGCAGUUGCAAGAUUCGAUGUCAACGGGAAGAGACAUAAUCGUAUUUAAGUAAUAAGGUAUUAAUUUCUGUGGAUAUUUGUAGCAUCGUAAAUAUUUAUUUUCUAUUACACUUGCUUAGGAAUUAUUCGCAGUCUACCAAAUAUCUAGCUACACUUUAGUGAAAUAGUUCAGUCUCACCACCUGCUGGUGUGACAUAAAGUGUGAUGCCUAAACGAUGUAAGUUCGAAGGAAUGUUUUGAUAGAUUUGUAGGAGGACAAUAUGACACUGUUCUCCAAAUGCUACAGCGUAAAGGGGGUAGUGAGUAUCUACCAAAUUCCUUCAUAUCUGCUGCUUCUGUAGAUAUGGAGACUUGAAAAGCUAUCAAACUGGUAUAUUGUAAGUUGUGUUGCCCGUUAUUCAACAGUGAUAACAGCCUUCGUUGUUCUUUCAUAGUGUGCUCACUAUUUGUGAACCUAUUGAUAAAUCUUCAAUGACUUUAACUGAGCCAUAUUGGAAGGUGCUAGCGUGGACGUAGAACAAUCUGUACCUGUACCUAGCUCCAUUGGGACAGGUGACUUGAUACAUUCACAUUGAAGCAGCUAGCAGUGACAGUUUGUUCGUUGUGUAGAUGUUCGCCAUUGAACGACUAGUAUUGAUGAUUUGAAGAGUGACUGUAUUCAGUUUUUAUUUUCAUGUUCAGUAUUGUCACCUUAUUGUCUUAAAAUGUGGUUGGUCAUUCAUAAUAGUGUCAGAUGAUGAGACCUGAAGUUUUUCUUUACUGAUGUGAAUGGAUAGAUUAUUAGUUACGUAUUGGUAAAUGGGAAUUUAAAGUCGUGAGUAUUCUUAUUUAUUAACGCUUUUAGUUUUCUGUUGGUCAUUAGACUGAACCAAGUUGAUCGGACACUUUUGAUAUAUGGGCUCGUUGAAUGGGUGUCUAUAGUUUCAUUUUGAUGUUAUUUCCUUUUUAUAGUUAACAGUAGGAUUCAGGACGUAACUGAGUAACCUAGUGGAUGGUGCUGUGGCAAUCGAAGCGACAAGUGCUAAGUUGGAGUCUCAGUGGGAAAACCUUCACUCAUUGGGGUGCCAGUACAUCAAGCAAGCGAAUCGCAGAAAGGUCGAAAGGUGUAUCCUCGAUUCGACUGCUGGCCAAUAAUAAGCGAAUGACAUCAGAAUGAAAAUUGAGGCGGUAUUAAGACAACCGUUCAAGUAGCUCAUAUUUCUUAAGUGUCUCACCAAUUCGGUCCAUUAAAUUGAUCAGUGGGAAACUAUUGGCAUUCGUAAAUAACAAGUGAUACCAGUUGCACGAGGGAUGGUUGUCGUAACUCACGAGUCUAGUGAAUGGCGUUUUUGGAGCGAUGGGUUCCGGUACGUCCAGCUGACGAGUCUCAACUAAGUCGAAGCACUCAUUCUCUAUUCUACUGCCAACCACCACCAAGCAAAUAAUAUGAAUAUUGGGCUGAAAAUAAAUUGUUCGAUGAAUUGUUGGUCCUUAGUGUCAAAUCAGUGCAUAAAUAUAUCAAAUGAAGACGAAUCGCUCAUUGAAUUCUGGGAUAAAAUGGUUGAUUCGGUGCAUAUAUUUAUGAAUAUCGAUGAUGGUGUAUGUCUUGCUGACAAUCGUCAAUGGAACUGUUAUUCCGAUUAAUAUUAACACAAGUAAGGUAAUUGAUAAGAAGGCAUGGAUAUAGACUUCAUUAAUAUAGGAGUAAAAUUUGGAUACUGUAGUAGAUUGUAAUUCCAUUUUAGCUUGUUUAUUAGAAUUGCCACGUGGUGAAAUAGUAUUAUUCACUGAAUAACGUUCUGAACUAAAAUUUAUUGUCCAUAUUCAUAUCAGGUAACUACACAGCUUUGAAACAUGACUUAUUUAGUUCUCAUCCUCUUUUCUUCUUUUGGGAUAAGGGUAGUAGUAUUUUUCAUACAUCUGGGAAAGGUGGAGAAUCAUUUCUUUUACAGGUCCUAUUACUUGUCCUAUUACUUAGACAGAGUGAGGUGAUUCGAAGUCUAAGUAGCGAUUCAAAUUAUGUUUGCUAUAAACACUAUUCUGUAAACUUUCAUCUUGUUUUCGUUCAAUCUUGACCUUAUCAUGAAGAAGGAGAUAGGAUGAGAACUAAAUAAACUGUCUCAAAGUUAUGGAGUUGUCUGAUAUGAAUAUAUACAAUAAAUUAUGUCGAAAACGCUAUCCAGUUAAUAAUACUGUUCCGGUAUGUGACAAUUCUGACAAACAGACUAAAAUGGAUCUAAGUUUCAUUUUUAUUGAUCCUCAUCAGCAGGAUGAAUAUGCAACCAUGAGGAUAUUAGUAGUUUCUUCGGUGACUUGAACCUGAUCACUCAGUGCUAACGUCAACAACAAGUCGGCCAUUCUCUCGUAUGUGUUCCACACAUACUCCAAGGGAGCUGUAUAAACGCGUAUUUAAAAUGUUAAUACUAUUUGGAGGUAGUAUUCAUCACGGACUGAUAUCAGUUGGAGAAGUCAUUGAAGACUUGGGGGCACUGGACGGCUGUUUCGUCCUAGUAUGGGACUUCUCAGCUGGACGCACCCACGAUCCGGCUAAAAAUCGAACUCAGGACCUUCAGGUUUCACGGUAUGAUGAGUACUUACUCUAAAUUUAAAUCCCCGUUCAUCUCAAAAAUACGUUAACACUAUUUGUUUUUUAUCGAAGAAUGAUUAUCUCCUUAUUCUUCAAACGAUCAUAAUUUUUAGGAAAUGAGGUUAUCAUAAGCAUCCUAUUUACCAAGUGUACCAACCUCUUGUGUUAUCCUCUGACCGAGAAGUUUAGUAUAGUCCUCGAUAAAUAAAAUAAACCUGAAAUUGAUUGAAAAAUAUAAGAGAUUGAAGGUUGAAGAUGCGAGAUAGGUGAAUGAGUAUUAUGUGAUUUCAUUUCAAAUCGAUUUUGUUAAGAUUAUGUUAGACUACAAUUGUGUCACAUAACAUUUUCAUCUUUGAGUAACAAAGUUCAUCUCAUUCGAUCUGAUUCAUGUUCAUACCUACCACACCAAAAUAAUCAGUGGACUAUAUUAAAACCGAAUAUAAUAAACGCUUCUUAAAGAGAUCAAAGUUCAAAUUAAUUAAGUUCUGGUAUGGCUUGUGAAAUUUGAAUUAUAGACAAAUUACAAAAAUACUAUAACUGAUAUUAGAGUCUUAUUUUAUUACAAACAGUUUGUUGACUAAAAAUACAGAAGUAUUUUGAUUAUUUUCAUUCUCUCUGUUAUAUUGUGGAAUUUGAUUGCCGAAAUCUUUAUAAAAAGCCGUAAACUCCUGAAACCUUUUGCAACCAAUUCUUCUGUUCCGAAGUUUUGAGAAAAAGUAUAUGAACCAACAUGUAAAUAUCAGAUUGGUUGAAGAGACAAAAAUCCAUAGAAUAUUCAAAUCUAGAAAGGUCUGGAAAUGGCCAAAGUCAUUGUUAGUAUAUAUAAACCCUUGGAUUUUGACGUUGCAAUACACCUGUUAUCUCAUCGCCUUUUCUAUUUAUCGAGGAAGUGAGUGACCAGCAAUGGGUGGUUGUUGUUCACGCAUCUGACGGUUAUAUCAGUCACUGUAACUUUCAUAAUAAUAAUUUGAUUGUGAUUGAGGUUACGUGUGACUUGAUUUUAUAUCGUGUGUUUUUUUAUUCACCCUGAUAACUUCUUCAAAAGUCAGUCAGUUAGUAUCAAUAUGGAACCUGAUAUUACUGAGUAACGCUACAAGUUGUACACCUCAUUUAAGCACAUCUAGCGAGAAUGCGUCACGGUGAAGGACAGAUAAAUAAGGAGUCCCAAAGAAGGCGAAACGUGCGUCCUUGAUUUCACUACUAGUCACAACCAAGUUACUUAUGAC